AUGCGAUUCUCCAUCCUCUUCCUGGCCAGCCUUGUCGGCAUGGCGGCGGCGCAGUGCGCCAGCACCGGCGGAGUGUGCCGUGACACGGGAUGCAGAAUGCAUGGCGGCCGCUGUGUUUCCGGACCCGGAUUGUGCUACUGUGGCUAUGGUCACGCCUUUGAUGAAGAGCAGGAAUGA